CUCCCAGGCAGCAGCUGAGACCGUUUGGCGAAGAUGGCGGACUCGCCGUCGACAGGUCUGGCAGAGGAGAAGGAGAAGGAGAAGGAGGGCAGGGAGAGGGACAAAAAGGCCGCCAACACGGACAAGACUAAGGAGAAAGACGGAGCCACGGAGACGCUGGCUUUCAGCGACAAAAACGGCACCAGUAAAGGCAAGAAACGCAACCUAUCAGACCUGUCUCUGGUCAGAUUUAUAACUACCGAGCUCACCAGAGGCUACUUCCUAGAACACAAUGAGGCUAAAUACACAGAGCGCAGAGAGAGGGUCUACACCUGCCUUCGCAUCCCAAAGGAGCUGGAGAAGUUGAUGACAUUUGGCUUCUUCCUCUGCCUGGAUGCCUUUCUCUAUGUGUUCACCCUGCUGCCCCUCAGGGUGAUUCUGGCCCUUUUACGGCUCUUCACGGUGCCAUGCUGUGGCCUCAGUGGCUCCCGCCUGCUCCAGCCAGCCCAGGUGUGCGAUGUGUUGAAAGGCUUCAUUAUGGUGCUCUGCUACUCGAUGAUGAGCUACGUGGAUUACUCCAUGAUGUACCACCUCAUCAGGGGCCAGUCUGUCAUCAAACUCUACAUCAUCUACAACAUGUUAGAGGUGGCAGACCGCCUUUUCUCAUCAUUUGGUCAAGACAUCCUGGACGCUCUUUACUGGACAGCAACAGAACCCAAGGAGAAGAAGAGGGCGCACAUAGGCGUGAUUCCUCACUUCUUCAUGGCUGUUCUCUACGUCUUUCUUCAUGCCAUCCUCAUCAUGGUUCAGGCCACAACUCUCAAUGUAGCCUUCAACUCCCACAACAAGUCUCUGCUCACCAUAAUGAUGUCAAACAAUUUUGUUGAAAUCAAAGGAAGUGUGUUCAAGAAGUUUGAAAAGAACAACCUUUUCCAGAUGUCAAAUAGUGACAUAAAAGAGAGGUUCACCAACUACAUCCUCCUGCUCAUCGUGUGUCUGAGAAACAUGGAACAAUUUUCAUGGAACCCUGACCACUUCUGGGUGCUGUUUCCUGAUGUACUCAUGGUGAUGGCCUCAGAGAUUGCUGUGGAUGUUGUCAAGCACGCCUUCAUCACCAAAUUCAAUGACAUCAGUGCUGACGUAUACGGGGAAUACAGAGCCAGCCUUGCCUUUGACCUUGUCAGCAGUCGACAGAAAAAUGCUUACACAGACUACAGUGACUCGGUAUCCAGAAGAAUGGGCUUCAUUCCUCUUCCUUUAGCUCUGCUGCUGAUCAGGGUAGUAACCAGCUCAGUGAAGAUCCAGGGUUCGUUGUCCUUUAUGUGUGUGCUGCUGUUUUACCUUGGGAUGAUCACUCUGAAGGUGCUCAACAGUAUCGUCCUGCUGGGAAGAUCUUGCGUGUUCGUCAAAGAGGCCAACAUGGAAGAAAAGCUCUUCGACCCUCCACCCUCUGUCGUCUCCAGCCGUGCUAACUCCAGAGCUCACCGCACCAAACAUGUUCACACUUCAGCGCCGCAAGAGCCCACAGCAGACAAAGCAGGAAUAUCCCUGACGUCAGAAAUUUCCCAGCCCACCAACAUGGCUCAGAGCGCUGCCCCCACGCUACCCAAGAGUGACUCAGACACAUUCCUGACGACGCCGGACGAGGAGGACGAUGACAAAAUCAUCAACGCUGACACGGGACUGGAAGAAGAUGGACUCAAACACAGAACGCCCAAGAAAGACUUGCUGGAGAUAGACCGCUUCACUAUCUGUGGCAACCGGAUAGACUGAAUGCCAUAGGAACAACCAGUCAGUGCAGUGUCCUGGCAACACAGCAUGGUUCAGGGAUCAGACACGGGUCGUGGAACAUGCUCAGCCCUGACUUAUUCUUGUGCACCUGACCCCUCGAAUAUUUAUUUAUUUAUUACUGACAAAACCAGCCAAGGCAUAAAGCUGUUACAACGAUCAUUGGAGGUUGCUUCAGACAUUUCCAGCUGGUCCUGUAGGUGUCCAAUGAUCCACUGGCACUGGGUCACGGUAACCAUGGCAACAUGCUUCCUGAUGAGGAUGACGGGGAAAACAAGAUGACAGAAAGAGAGAGAGAGAAACAAAAGUGCAUAUGUCAAAUCAUGUGUGAUCAUAGGAGCAUUACAGCUGGACUGUGCAGGUGUGUUCAAAAGCACAAUCAUAUGUACAGCGAAGAGUUUUUAGAGAGAACAAAACUUGUCAAUUUUUACAUUUUUUUAAUUUGAAAAGUCUGAUAAAUUCUAAUGUUUGAAAUGUAGUUUUUAUGACGAACCUUAGACCUCUUUUCUAAAUCAACCACGUUCAGCCGCAGGACAAUGACUCACAAAAACGUGAACAUCUCAAAGUCGUUCUGUGGACUCAACCACCAACACACAUCCAAGUAGAUCUUAUUUAAACUCAGCUACAGUGAUGAGGUCAGGUGCAGUCCAACACAUUAAACACGGCAGUAGUGACACUAAAAACGGUUUUGCAUGGGUGCAUCAUCGUCAGUUGACAUGUUUGGUGACUUUACCUUUUGGACACAGAUAACAGCUCGGAGGUCUUAGCCAUUUGUGUUGAUAUUGUUAGUUUGAAGCACUGAGAAGUCAAAGUGCUUGUAUUUAUUUUGAGGUGAUCUCCCAAGCCAGAUAGGGUUGGAAGGUAUUUCAUUUUCAAGCGGUUUUCUUUUCAGUAUUAUUAAUUUCUCCAGUCAAUCAUUCAAGCGUGUUAUCACGACAGAUUAUCACGACAACAACACAGGUGUAUAGCAUUUUAUCAAGUUGGCUUUUUAAUGUUGGAAACUGUGAACUGACCUUUUAUGUGAAUUUUUUUUCUGAUUCCUUGCUAUUCUUAAUGUGAGUUGUAUGAAAAAUCACACAAAAGAUGUCACAUUGGCAGAUAAACUACUUACAGUUGACUGAGUGCUAAAGACGAGCCGCCUCCGAAUCCAGCAGGUUUCUUUUUGCAACGGAGCGCUACCUAAGGAAAUUAAGAUUUGCUUUGUGAAAAUUGCAGAUGUCAUUUGUUGUUGUUGGCUGCUGGCUUUUGAUUAUUGAAAGAAGGAGGUCUUGCUACAGUAGACACUUGUGUAUCAGUUGGUCUUAAUUGCUGUGAGAGAUGCUGUUCAACCAAUUAGAAUAUGUCUAACUUAGCCCCAGGUUUCUCCUCUCAUGUGUUGUCAGUAUUUCUUAAUCUGGAAUUGCUAACCAGAAAUAGCAUAUGGGCUUUAUUCAGUUAGGCCAAAGUGAACCAGAUUUAUUACACAAAAUACAAUAUUUAUCUGUACUGUUGCCACUUCAUAUCAUGUUCAGUAUUUUCCAUACAAAAUAAUUUAACUAGUCUGAUUAAAUUUGUUUUGGUUACCUGGAAAGGAAUCAGUUUCAGUUUAGGAUCAAUCUUUCUUUGACACUUUAAAAUCUGCUUUCCUGUAGUAACAGACUUUAUUAUGCAAUGAAGAGAACAUUUUUAUAUCCAUAUUUAAUCACAUUUCCCAGAAGACAGGAAUGUUUACUUAAAUAAUCUUCUUAAGUUUUCAAAAAUCGCCAGGCUAUUUAAUAAUAUGCUCAGUUUAACAGUGACUGAAAUGUAAGAUUCAUACAUGAGAGGCACAACCAGGGGCCAAGUGCUGCCUAAUUAUAGGAACACAGUCAGUACAGGGAAAUACAAAACUGCAGAGAAGGAUGAAGAGAGUGUGUGUGUGUGUGUGUGUGUGUGUGUGUGUGUGUGUGUGUGUGUGUGUGUGUGUGUGUGUGUGUGUGUGUGUGUGUGUGUGUGUGUGUGUGUGUGUGUGUGUGUGUGUGUGUGUGUGUGUGUGUGUGUGUGUGUGUGUGUGUGUGUGUGUGUGUGUCUGUGUCUGUGUCUGUGUCUGUGCGUGUGCGUGUGCAUGUGUGUGUAUGGGAGGUUACAUGCAGCGUAUGGAUGGAUCUCACUACCUAAAGACACUAUAUGUAUAAAUCAGAUAUUUUGUUGUUUUUUAUUUUUCAUGUACAACCCAUCUGUGUAAUGCAUCUCCUUACAUGGUAGAAGGAGAAUUAAAAAGAAAGACUUUGUUUUGUAA